GUUUCGCAACAGUGUCACUUUUCGAGUGCAUCGCGCAGCGAUUCGGAAUUUGAAAACAUUUCAUCGUAGUCAAUCUUGAACAAAAAUUUUGAAAAUUUUUAAAUAGUUCAAUUUAGUUCCACUUUUAUUCACCCAACAAUGUUUACACUGUGGUCACUGAUAGAAGCAUCGCUUCUCUGCCUGAAUGCGGUUUGUAUUUUGCACGAGGAACGGUUUCUAGCUAAAUUUGGAUGGGGUGCGACUGCCCAGGUUCAAGGAUUCGGCGAAGCGCCUACGGUGAAAGCUCAGGUUCUCAACUUAGUACGGUCGAUUAGAACUGUUGCCAAAAUCCCGCUAAUAUUUCUCAACAUUGUGGCAAUAAUAUUUAAAUUAUUACUAGGAUAAUACAACCAGUUCACUCCAAUUAC